CACAGAGUCCUGCUCUGCCCCUAAAAACAAAGUCAAGUAAUUCUUGUCCUGCUGGCAGCAUCGCCUCAUGGAUUACCUCCACCUGAGCACCCCUGCAGCUGUAGCAGCCCUGUAGCUGUGGCAGCCUGGUGCUGGGCAGCAGGGCCCAGGGCAGGACCCUGCCCAUGAACCGCUGCAUGCCUGCACCUGUCCCUCCACCUGCCGUUUUUACCCGCUAUGGUUGGAGCAGGCCUAGUCCCACGGAAAAGCAGUAUAUGCAGGAGCACACAGACAGCAGUAAGGAGUCGAAGAAGACAAUGUUGGAGAACCUUAAGGAGUUCUUGAGGAUUCGCAACAAUGCCAUAAGGGAGAUGCUCGCAGAAGCACUGGGAACAUUCAUCCUCAUGGUUUUUGGAUUGUCCUCUGUGGCACAAGUGGUACUGGGAAAAGGAAACACUGGCCAGUAUCUGAGCAUCAAUUUGGCAUUUGGCAUUGGUGUUACCUUGGGUAUCUAUGCGGCUGGAGGAGUAACUGGAGCUCAUAUGAAUGCUGCCAUCACCAUUACACAAUACGUUUUAGGAAACAUCUCCCGGACGUCGCUUGUAGCUUAUAUAAUCGGCCAGUUCCUGGGCUCCUUCAUGGCAGCAGCCACUGUCUUUGCUGUCUACUAUGAUGCUAUUUAUCACUACACCAAUGGGAGCCUUACAGUGUCAGGACCAACCGCCACAGCGAUGAUCUUCGCUACUUACACUGCUCCCAAUGUAACCGUGCAGGGAGCCUUCUUCACAGAGUUUAUGGCAACAGUUAUGCUGAUCCUGGGUGUUCUGGUCAUCCACGAUGAGAAAAACAAUGCAGCCACCAAAGGCGCCCAGCCCAUCCUCACGGGUAUGCUGGUCCUGGGCAUUGGACUGGGAAUGGGGCUGAACACAGGCUAUGCCAUAAACCCCUCCAGGGACCUGCCCCCCCGGAUCUUCACUGCACUUGCUGGCUGGGGAAUGGAAGUCUUCACGACUGAGCACUCCUGGUGGUGGAUCCCAGUCACAGCUCCAAUUCUGGGAUGUCUUGCUGGUGUUUUAAUCUACAAACUCUUCAUUGGUUUUCACAACUGCGCUGCCCAUGAAACUGAACAUGAGAAAGAACAGGAAGGCAUGGAGGCUUCCAGACUGUGACAGCCACAUGCUGUGAUGACACAUGUGAAGGGCACAUCUGUUUGUCUACCAUGCAGCUGGAUGUGGAUCAUGUGAUGGAUGAAGGAUGAGGGAUGCGAGACUCAAUUUCAGUAAACCUACUCUGCUUAAACAGACAAACUUGGUAUCUGAGAUAUUGAGCAGGCCUGUGUAGGAGUAGACUUGACUGUGAUCUCAAGAAAAGAUUCAAUCUCCCUGCAUAAAAAUCUACAAAAAAAAACCCUCAAAAAACCCCAAAAGCAAACAAACAAACAAAAAAAAUCCAAAACUCAACCCCCAAACAAUCAUCAUAUUCUGAAGAAAAGCAAAGCAGAGCUACAAGUCUCUAGAUACAUAUAUAUUAAUUUACAUCAAAAUACAGGCAUUCACAGUGGCAGAAACAACAUGAUUUAGUUAACACAGAAAUUUUGAUCUCGAAUAUUCUUUGGUAAGAGGCAGAUACUACAGUGAUGGACCAAGGGCCUAGGCUUGCUUCAUUUGCAUAUCUGUCACCCUAACAAACACCUAGCUUGGAACAGCACAAAGAGAGAAAAACAAGGACAGUCUAAAUAGAAACAGGAACCUGUUGGGUUGUUUGUUUUUCUCCAUGCUUGGUUUUUGGGUUUUGUUUUAUUUUGUUGUGUUUUGUUUUUAUCUGAACAUUCAAGAAGCAUUAAAAAAUUACUAAACUAAACUAGUCUCCUGAAUCCUGCCACAGUUCUGCUGGAACACGCUAGCAUCAAAGAACCAUGUGUGUACUGACACUCUAGACUUGAGCUACACCAACUACCACCACAGGAAAGAGGUUAGAGAAGUUCUGUGACAGUGUGUUCGAAAACUUGAACAAACUGCCCUCCCCCUCAUACUUUUUUUCUAUUCUGAAUGCAUGAGAAAUGAGAGGUUGCUGCAUUGCUGCAGGAAUUCUGCUACCUCCAUCUGAAUGAGGAAGUGGGCUUGCAACAGCCUUACAAGUCCGAACUGUCACUGGACUAAAAGCAGAACACUAUGAGAAGCUGCCUGUUCCCAGGAGGGUGACAACAGUCUUAAACUUUUCUAGAAAGUGCUCAAGCAAGUCUGGUAUGUAUGUCAAGCACAUAACUGCAGUCCCAGGGCUGGGUGCCAUGAAUAAACAACACAGAGCUCUCCAAGAGUAGGAAGUGACAGAACAUCACUGCAUAGAAUUCCAGAAAAGGGCAUUUACUGGCUGUAAUGAUCAUUCCCAUCCCAAUAUGAAAAGGAUAAGUAAGCUAUUGCUAUGGCAUGGGGUGGGACUGGAAGAUCUUCUCCUGUCUCAAGAUGCACAUGGGCUUGAGAGGGUGCAUUAGAGGAUUCUGUCAUCUGGGGGUGGCAGACAGUGGCUGCCAAGCAACGCAGAAACAGCAUUUGAAGAUGAAGAUUUGGUAGUGCUGGAAGCACCAAAAUAUGGCUGAGCAGGAGCUGAUGGCUGCAGAGAUUUUGUACAGUGACUGCAGGAUACAAGUAGAACAGCUGCCCCACAGUUCAGUCUUUUGGCCUGUGUGAAAUAAACGGAAUUUCUGAGUAGCUCAAGAAGAAUUAGGUAAAAGCCAAAAGUAGCCCAUUCCUUCUCAAUUCUCUACUGACAAGUUCUCUACUAAGAAUUAAAAAAACACCCCAAACAAUCCAUCCUGAACAUUGCUCUUGCCAUACAUCCUUUGCAUCUUUUUGUGCAUGUGCUCCCCAAAGCAUCUUCAAAUACCCAA